AUGGCGGGCGCGCUGUUCGCGCCGCUCGGCGCCGCGGCCGGGCCCGACUCGUCGCUGUCGCUGCUGGAGGCGGAGGGCGCGCAGGAGGCGGCGGCAGCAGCAGCCCGCGGCGGCGGCGGCUCGGGCCCCGAGGCGGACGAGGAGCUGCUGCCCAUGGUGUUCCUGUGCGCCGGCUGCAAGCGGCCCGUGGGCGACACGCUCAGCUGGGCGGCCAACGACGAGGAGGGCGGCUGCAUCCUGCUGCGCAGUGCCUCCGCCAGCGUCGCCGUGGACACGGAGCAGAAGGUCUCCAAGCGGCCCGGCGAGUGCGGAUGCAUGGUUGAGACGCUGACGUGUGCUGGCUGCUCCAUGGUGCUGGGCAGCAUCUACAGGUGCACGCCGAAGCAUCUCGACUACAAGAGGGAUAUGUUCUGCUUCAGUAUUGAAUCRAUAGAAAGUUACAUUCUAGGAUCCUCAGAAAAACAAGCCCUUACUGAUGAGGAGCCCAUAACGCUCGAGAGUCGAGCUGUCUUGGAAGAGGCCCUGGAAAGGGCAGACACCAUAUUAAAGGCACUGGAGGCAAGAUUGACUGUUGUUGAAUCAAGUUUUGCUUCUCUGCAUAAUAAUGUCUGAAAAACUUCUGUAGGUGAAUUCAGCUGUUGGGAAUGAUGUAUGUGAAUAUUGCACUUGUAAUCCUCUGCAGUCUACAGGGACCUUGAGAAAGCCCUGCGGAGAGCUGAGAUUCACCUAGUUCAUGCUGCAAUAGGGCAAUGCUGGCUGGAAGUCUUUGACACAGACAAAUUCUUUUCCUCGGAUAAAAGAUUCCUCCAGAAAGAAAAAGUUUGUCCUUUUUUUUUUUUUUUUGCUUUUUUUUACUACUUCAUGUGGACUCYUUGUUGAUAUACAAAUAUUCAAAUUUUCAUAUGUGAAAGUAAAAACUCUGCCAUGACUUCCUCACAAUCUUCUCCGGCAAUCUUUUCUUCAGACAUUGCUUCACUUGUGCCUCUAGACAGGAGCAAGAUAGUAAUUGCUUCCUGCCCGCUCAAAGCUAAAAUCAUAGUGGUUGUAAAAGAAGUGUCCUCCUCUUGAAGCUCUGUUAUAUAAAUAAGAUUGCUGGCUGCACACCUUUAAGCAGAGCUUAGUGUACGUUUAAACUAUCUCCAAACAUAAGCCAAGAAGGCCUGUUAGGGCAUUUUGUUUUGAUGGAGAUACCUCAGUUAAAUAACUUGGAUAUUCUAAUCUGUAUUUGUUU